AUGGAAGAUGUCACCAACCUACAGGGUCGAGGUUCACCCUGGGAUUUUGUUGAAGAUGAAGAUGUUGAUGAAGAUAGACGACCAGAGGAAGAAGAAUCAGUAGCUAAAAAUCCAAGUGUAACAGCUACUAAGUUCAAAGAACUGGUGAAGUUUUAUCCAUGCUACAAUGGUGUGGUUGCUGAAGAGUCGAAGUGCAUCAAGUCCGAAAGUGGACUGCAUCCUGAAAUCAAGCAAGGUAUUGGUUAUCAUGAGAUUCACCAAUUUCUUAUGCUAGAAAAUAAGUGUAGAAUUUAUGAUGAGGAUAUCAGGGCUCAUUCUGCUCACUAUAAGAGUCUUAGUGAGAAGAAAGGGAAGAAUCAAUAUUGUGGAAAACCGUAUAUUGCUCCAACUGACAAAGGGAAGCAAAAAGCUUCUGAUGAGAAAAAGCCAAGUAGAGGAGAGACAUUUGCUUCUGUCAAAUGUUUCAAGUGUGGUGAGUUAAGUUAUUGUGCUAAUGAAUGCAAAAAUAACUUCUUAAGGUGCUUGAAAUAUGGAAAGAUAGGUCACCGCAUUGCAGAUUGUAAGAGUGUUGGGUCGACUUGUUAUAAUUGCGUCGAACAGGGUCACAUUAGCACUCAUUGCCAUAAACUAAAGAAGGUUCAAUCUGAAGGGGAAGUUUUUGCUUUGACUAGGUCAAAGAUUACUAUUUCAUACAUAUUGAUUAGAGAUGCAACACAUUCUUUUGUUUCGCUUGAAUGUGUUGAGAAAUUGGGUUUAAAAUUGUCUUCUAUGGUUGGCAGUAUGAUUGUUGAUACCCCAACUCUGGGUCUGUAUCAUUUCAAGAGUUUGAUGCAAGUGACGAAGUUGUUUGUGUCACCCAAGCAAGUAGAUGAGUUCAUGAAGGAUGAAGUUAAGGUGUUUAUGAUAUUUGCUUCUAUGAAGUAUGAAGGUAAAGUUGUGAUUGAUGAGUUACUACUAGUGUGUGAGUUCAUGAAAGUGUUUCCAGACGAUAUCAGUGAUUUACAACUGAAGUGCGAGGUUGAGUUUGUUAUAGACUUAGUACCAGGGUCUAAUGAGCAUCCAAUAUAA